GGUGCGAGGCGGGAGGAUAACAUGGCGACGCGGUGCCGCAUCGCGAAGUGCGCGGCGGAAAGAAGGGGCGUGCGCAGAGAGCUCGAGACGUGGAGACACAAGCUCAUCGCUUGCGUGGGGUUUGAGAGCAUUCUGGAAGGAAUUUAUGGGCCAAGACUGCUGCAGGACCUCAGCAUAUUUGAUGACUGUGAGCCAGAGGCCAUCUCUGAUUGGUCGACUGAUGCUCGCUGCCCCUUCUGUAACCUGCAGUUAGAGAAACUUAUCGAACACGUGCCCGUGUCGCCACCCCCCGCCGAAACCCCCCCACCUCAGGGCCUGACCACCUCGGAAAAACUCCAGUGCCAAGCAGACCAAUUUCUUCAUGCAGUUUUUCAUAAAAAAGAAUUCCCAGAGAGUUGUGAUCCUAGUAUACCAUUGGCAGCGCAAGAGUUGAUGCGUAAGAUGAUUCGUCAGUUUGCAAUUGAAUACGCCUGUAAGAUCCAGCCUGAGGGUCCCGAGGGUCCCGACGCCAGCCAGGUUGAUCUCCCUAAACACAGUGAGCUCGACGGUCCCCUGGACCUGACCAUCAGCCGCGUCACCCACUGCCCGGACAUCGCCGUCAGCCGAGUCAUGCACUGCCCACAGCAAGCAGAUGGUGUUCUUGACCUUUCAAAGAAAAACACAUCAUCUUUAAAAGUGCUGAAUUCUCAGAAUGUUUCGCGGAGACUGAUCCAAGAGGACUAUUUGGAUCGCAGUUCAGAGUUUGCAGAAGGUUUGCUCUCUAAAGCCUUGAAAGACAUUCGCUCUGGUUCACUGGAUGUUCAUAAAGCUGCCAUUCUGUACGGGAUACCUCAGAAAACCUUACGGGUGCAGGCUGAGGCCUUACUGCCUGAGAAAAAAAUGCGGCUGCCUGUUGGAGAUAAUGGCGGGGGUCCAGAGGCAGGCUGGCCUGCGACUGAGACACAGCUGCUGCUGCAGAAGGUGGCAGCCUGGGCCCGCUCUCAGACAGACCACCCAGAGGGCGCCAGAGUGGCAUUUUCUCCUGUGGAGAAUGCAGAGUUUCCCACAGCGAUGGCUUCAUCAUACCUCCACCGUCUGACACUGCAGAGGAUGGUGUCUCAGCUCCGGGAGCGCAGCGACAGCGUCCUGUCUCACCCUGGCACACCCACACCCCCACAGAGCCCUGCCAAUGGGGCUGGUGUCACUAUCCGGAUCCCUCAGGUACGCGCUGGCGUCCAGCCAAAAACGCAGCUGGAUCUGGCGGGUCUGGUGGACGCUGUGUUUCAGGCCAACAAGAGCUCGGAUGGUCCGGUCGUGCUGCACAAGCUAAAGACCAUUCUACCCAAACAGGGUGUCUUGGAGUGCCCCCCUGUGCCGGAGUCGCGGCUGCUACUACAGGGGGACUUGCCCCCCCUCUGCAUGAAGAAUGGUGCUGUGGGGGGCAGCGCUACAGGAAGCAACGAUGCCUGCGGUGACGAUGGAGAGCGGCGAGACAAACAGCCACGCAAAAAACGCGGACGCUACCGCCAGUACGACCAUGACAUUCUGGAGGAGGCCAUUGCCAUGGUGAUGGGUGGGAAGAUGAGCGUGUCGAAAGCUCAGGGCGUGUAUGGGGUUCCCCACAGCACGCUGGAGUACAAGGUGAAGGAACGCAUGGGCACGCUAAAAACACCACCCAAAAAGAAGCUCCGCCUAUCUGAAGCCAAAACCUCAGGCUCCAUUCAUUCAGGGACGACAACAACUAAUGCCUCAACAACCGCCUUCAAACGGUUCUAAACACGACACAACCUCAGCUACUGCCUGCACACGGCUCUAACAGAAAUGCCUCACAUUCAGCUACAGGAUGUUUUAACACAGUCAGGACCUUCACUCCUUCUGACUUGAAAGAAAAACUUGAAUUCUCAAAAAUCCUCAUUUACAGGUUCUGGUACAUUUCAGAGAAAUCACAACACAUGCCUUUAAAAAGAAUCUAUUCAGGGGUUUCACUGUGGAUAUCUAUAUAAUUAUAUACAUAUAAAGAUAUAUAUUUAAAGACGAUAUACUGUAAAGCACUGAUUUUUAAGUUAAGUUCAGUUUUAAUCUAAAGAAUUUAUUCAGGUUUGAUUUCUACCUAAGGUAAUCAGCUCUUAAUGAUUAACAGCUUUCACACUUUGACAGGUUCACCAGUCUUAGUCACUGAGAGAUUUUUUUUGUUUGUAUUUUGUUCCCCAGAGUUAGUCUGUACAGUGUUUUCUGUGCUGUUUAGGCUGAUAAAAUGGGGAAUGUAUUGCUUCAGCGCUUUAUUCAGCAUUUUAUUCCUCCAUUUAAUGAUGGAGUAAGGUUUGUAUUCUUACCUGCAGGUACAAACUUUCGUUGCCGCUGAAGAAUCACAAUGUUAACAUAUAUUUGCUAAAUCCUUUCGAUAUCGAUAGAAACUUGAUGAAUCGGAUUGAGUGGGUUAAUUAUUGGAACAUUCUUUUCUUAAUGAAGAACCGAAUUCCCACUCAGACCAGCUCAGUUUUAUUCUUUUCGUAACACAAAUGCAAGUGUGUAAUGUUUGUCAGCUUAAAAAAUGCGUUGCCUCUUUUCAGUGAACUUGUUUUGGGGUAAGUUGGAAUGCAACAUAAUGCAUGUCAAAAAAUCUGCACAGGAAAAAAAGCUUGAUAGUUCUAGUGAAUGUGUCGUUUAAUAUUAAUAUUAGAUUUUUUUUAGCACUCAACUGCUGUAAAACCAUUUUAAACUAUUUUUCUCUGCUGCUUCAAGUACUCUGUGUUUUAUUGUCAUUUUCAGUAUAUCACUAAAGAUCUGGGGCAGGUUGUACCAGCUGUACGUGAGUUCCAAUGUAGGCUAGUUAUGGUGCGAGUUUGCUUACUAAGUUUAGGUUUACAUAUUACUAAAUCAAGAAAGGUUUCACUACACAAACUACUUUUUGUGUUGCGCUUAAUGUCUACUAAAUAUCUACGCACUGGUCUUGGUCAACUUCCAAACAACUUGUGCCAUUUGAAAUCUGAACACAAGAUGUUUACACAGAACAAACACUGACUGAAGCAUUUUGCCCUGCAGACCCGUUUUAGUUCCUCAAACAGAUGAGUUACUUAGACUUUUCCGACUUGUGAAUGUGUUUCAGAGCUCAAAGAGAUUAAAAUCAGUAAUUAUAUAAAAGAGAGUUUGUUUUCAAAGUGAUGCUGAGACAUUCAAAACGUGUAUUAGUGCAGAAUUUUCUGUUUUAUAACAGCAGUAAGACACUGGUGGCUGUGAGAGACGGUUUCACUUCUCUUUAAUGUUGUGUGAAAUUUGUUAAUGUCCAGAUGAUUUAUUGCUCUUGAAGAUCACAAGACGGAUUAAACAAGAUAUGAAAGUCAUGAGCUCAGUUUAGUCAGAAAACAAUGUGGUUCGGUAAAUAUCCUAAGUUACUGUCACCAAAUGUACAUAUUCCCAUAUCACGGUCAGUAGGAGCAUUAAGCGAACCAGAACUGAAGUGCCGGUUUUCUGUUUCAAUCCAGCCCAGAAGAAUUAAACUACAAAUGUAAGUGCAAAACUAAAAAGCUGCACAUUCAGGUGUUGAGAGGAAAUCUAAACUACUGGAUUUCAAUUAUGAAAAUGUCAAUUUUUCUUUUCUAUACUGGAUUAAUUUUUUUUAUGGAACGCAAAAAAUCAGUGCAGGCUGCUGCUUAUAUUUACAUGGCAUCAUAUUUAUUGAUUUUAGCAUUCAUGUUAAAUCAAAGUGACAGUGUUCAGCAUUGUUAUGCAUUAGGUAUCUUGCGGAUUCCUGGUGCAACUGAAUUUAAUAAAAGGAUAGUAUAAAACUAACUACUGACUAACUACAGAUUCUGUAAAGGCUUGAUGCACAAAGUAAAAACUUGCGCAGAACUGGUGCAACCCUGUCCCGAUGUGUUUUAUCUGUCUGCUGUAACCAAAAUAUCACUUCAGGGCCAUUUUACAACCUAAUUACACUCCAGAUGAAGCUGCUUUAGUAAUGUCCAUGUUCGUCUAUAUGAGGGCGAGUGCUGCAUUCACACAGUGGCUCUGAGGUUUUAGUUCUGCUUUAGAUCAGCAACGAGUGUGAAUACAGGCUUUAGUCUGUGGACUCCCAUCUUUCUGCCUCAUUUGGCUUUUUGUAUUGUUUUUUUGUUUUGUUUUUUUUCCCCCCUCCACAGCUUCACCUUCCUUUAGCGUCACCUUCCCAAAGCACGAUACUAAUAGAUCCACAUGUCACUGGCUGUGAUCUGUGUACUGCUAAUGAAACCCAAAUUCCUUCGUCCUCCCCUUAUUUCAUAGCAUGGACCUGUUUUAAUAAGUUAAACUAUAAAUGAAGGAUAAGAGUAGGUUGCAAUUUAUAAUAAGAUGCACAUUCUCCUGUGUAUUUGUAUUAUCUAAUUAUUAUUAAUAAUUACGUUGUGUAAGUUAAUAAUCAUCAUGGCCAUAUUUGGAGAUUUUAUUGUGCGCAUUUAUUAAUGCAAGCACAGGAACUUGCAGCUCCUUAUAAAGUGCAGCUCCUUAUAAAAUGCAGCCCUAGAAUUAAAUGUGAAUUUUUGUGAUUGAUGCUUUGGAAAAUAUAAGAAUUUCUACAUGCAAUGUUAAUGUAGUAGUCUUUGUGUUGUGAAAAUUCUGUAUGUGGUAUAACUGUUAAUAUUAUCUAAGGAAAAAAAUGUGGAGAUUGUUAAAUUUAAGUCAAAAGAAUUUUGCCCUAUAAACCACUGAAUGUUCCUUACAACUUGUUAACAUUGCAUAGUGCCUGUUUUUACAACACAUUUCAGAGUAGGGUUUUUUGUUAUUUUUCUGUAAGUUAGCAACAGUUUUAUAUCUAAAAAUAUUAGGAGUUUAUAUUGCUGUUAAUUUUCCUGGUGAUGUAUGCAUUACUUUUACAGGCACUUUCCCCCCCCACUCCCCCCUGACUCAAGGGCAGUCCCACCGGUGUUUGAGUGAAGUUUUCUUACCUUUAGUGUACUUUUUACAGUCGAACAAUUCUCAGGUCUCCCCGUCUGUCGCAUGAUGGAUUAAAGUAAAGCUCAAAGUGAUUCAGUGCUGAAAGUUUAUAGAAACGCGUCAAUUCGGUCACACCCUUAAAAUUAAGGCACUACAAAGGGUUCUUUGGGGUAGUACCUUAGAAUAAACACUUUUGCUUCUAUGAAGAAUCUUUCUAUAGCUGAAUCUGUAAAGUUUAGGUUUUUUUUUUUUUUGACAAUCUUGACAAAAUGUAAUUGAUCAUUUCAAAGGUGCCUAGAUUGGUUAAAUUAUUUGGAGGUUUACUUUGAAAAGGUCGUUCACACUUACUUCUCUUUUAUAAAAAAACAUUUCCUGUCUUUGUUGGGAGUUAGGAUUGAGCAAAAAUGUGGACCCUCUAGUGGGGGUCUCUCAGGGGAACCACUGCUUUAAAGAACCGUCCAUUGAAGGAUGUUAAUAGGGAAGCAAAAGUGGUUCUUCUAUGGCAUUGCUCCAGAGAACGGUCUUUAGCACCUUUACUUUUAAGAGUGCAGACGAAGGCAGAUUUAUCUCUACUAAAAUGUGAUUUUUCCAAAUACAAUGUUUCAACACAUGAAUUAGUACUGUAUAGUUCAUGUAAUGUAAUGUAAGUUUUUCAGCAAAUGAUAAUUUGCAGGUGAAAUCAGGUACAGGAAACCAAAUCUAAUGGAUUAAGUUUGGUGUCUUAAUGUAGCCAUAGAGUAUCCUCAGGGUAAGAUUACGAAUAUAGUUAAAGGUGUAACUGCCCUUUUAACUACAGUAAGUCCAAGGAUGAGUUGUAAGGGUUCUGACAGAAAGCCUCAUUUUUACAGAUUCCUUUUCUGUAAGUUGUACCGUUCUGUGAAAACUUUUAGGUGGUCGAUAAAAUAAAUCGGCUGAACUGCAGAGUCCUCCGAGCUUUCUUAUUCAGAAUAAAACUUAUUGACAUUUUUUUCAGCCAAACUUUUAAAAGGCGUCAGGAUCUCAAAGCUUUUCGCAGUGGGAACAGUUCGCAGCAGUGAGUUUGUCAUUUCUUAAGCUGAAGUAAGAUAAAUUAAUUGCAAUCAUUUAUUUAUGCAUACAUCUGUUGCACUAUGAUUGAAUCAUUGAGUUCUUUUCUCUGAAAAUUUUACGUAAAUGUUUUGUGUUGUAUACGUGUAUUUAUUUCUUUGUGAUGAGAAUCAGAUUUUAGUGUGUUGAGUUUGUAUCUAAGCACUUUGUUGCUCUCAGAUUUAAAUGUGAAAUGUGUUUUCCUGUAAUUGCAUGCAUAUAUUAAUGUCUCUUUGAAUAAGGUUAUUUUCUCCUUGUGAUUAUCCUGAUUGCUUUCUUUAUUUAUUUUUGUUUGCUUACUAACAAGAGAAAGGGCUUUUCAUGGAGAGAGGCCAUUAAAACACUCCAUAAUUUUACUCUUUGAGAUCUUUGAUGUAGAAAUUGAACACUUAUUUUGGAUCAAAUCGUUGAUGCUAACUGUAAUGUUCUCGUUUCUUUUAAUGUUUCUUUUAAAAAGCUAAUGAAAGUCUUUUAAGCUUAUGAAGAUGAAUUAAUGAAUUGGGCUUUUAAUGUUAGUUAAUGAAAAUCUGCUAUUUGACACUCAAAAUGUAACUUUUUACAUGUUAACAUUACCUAAACCUCCUUAUACAAAUUAAUGUCCUCAUGCAAUCUUUGUUUUUUGUUUAACUCUGACAGUGUAUUGCCUGCAGAAAUGGGUUUGCUCGUGGUUAUUCUAAAGCGACAUCUAGAGAGGCAGAUGGUUUGGCUGCUUAACAGAUUUUAUGGAUGCUUUGUACAAAUGAAGUUUCCUUGAGUGUGAGCGUUGCUACAAUCGUCAUCCUCUGCCUUCUACAAGUUGUCAAUAAAAAAGCUGUCAUUAAAAAAUGUGGUGUUUAUGUAA